AUGUGGAAACGUUUUCAACCGGCACUGGACUACCGGCACCGGGAAUGCGAUCGUAUACUACUAUCCUAUCCCCGGUCGGGCUUGAAUUGGGUACAGUAUAUCAUACAACUAAUCCUAUCGGAUGGCCAACGACAGGACAAACACAAUAUGACCGACUAUUGGCUGGAACAUAAUGUCGGGGAUAUACUGGCCCGACAACAGCAUCGGGAUAUUACCGUAUUGGCCACACAUUUACCGGCAAACCGAUUGCCUAUCAAUGAUAAGGCCCGGUAUCUGUUGAUACUUAGAAACCCGAAGGAUGUAUUGGUUUCGUUGUAUUAUUUUUCAAUGGAUAUCCAGUUAAUACCCGAAUUUAUAAAUAAUACUAAAGUGAAAAAUAGUUGGUAUUUUGGAUCAUAUUUUCAAUGGGUUCGCGACUAUUGGCAGCUAAGUCAAGGGUUGGCCAAUAAUUUUCAAGUUUUAUUAUACGAAGAUAUGAUUCAGGAGCCGAGGAAAGCCAUCAAAACUAUUGCCAAGUUUUUAGGUGACAACUAUUUUAGUCGACUACUGUCCCAUAGUGUUAAUCCUAAUGAAACUCUGUUAGAUUUAAUUGAACGACUGUCCUCUAUGGAUGCCAUGAAAAAUACCUAUAAAAAUGAUGGACGUAUUAGGACUGGUAUUGUAGGCGAUUGGAUAAACCAUUUAACUGAUGAACAAAGUUUAACAAUAGAUAAGGCUAUCGAUGACCAAUGGAUGGGAACGGGAUUAGAAGGCCGAAAUUUUUGCAAAAUUAUUUCCCAUCAAUGUGUCGAAUGGGCCAUGGAUUACGAGCACCGGGAGUGCGACCGCAUUCAAGUAGCCUAUCCCCGAUCGGGUAGCAACUGGAUCGGCUAUAUUAUCCGAUUGUUGAAAUCGGAUGGCCAGCAAUCGGACAGUAUAGUCAACAAUAGUAUACGAUUGGAGCGAUCGGGCAAACAGGUUAUCGAUAGUCAACUGGGCGAUGAUUUUUGCCAUAUUAUGACACACCUGACCACCGAUUCAAUGGCUAUCAAUCCGAAGGCCAGGUAUCUGUUUUCACUCAGAAAUCCCAAAGAUGUUGUCUGUUCAGAGUAUAAGUAUAUCAGCGAUAAUGGUUGGCUACCAGAGGACGGGGAUGUCCACGACGUACACGACUUUUUCCGAUUGUGUUUCAUUGAGCACAAGUAUCCCCUAUAUUAUGGCGACUAUUUUCAGUUUGUCCGUCAGUAUUGGCAGCUCAGGGAUGCCCAGAAUUUUCAUGUUUUAUUAUACGAAGAUAUGGUUCGGGAUCCGCGUUUGGCUAUCGAAACUGUAGCCAAGUUUUUAGGCGAUAAAUAUGUACGUAAACUGUCGGAUGUGAUGGUCAGCCCAGAGGGCAACCAUGAAAUAUUGUUAGAUCGUAUAGUUAGGUUGUCGUCUAUCGGUGCUAUGCGCGGUACGUAUGCGGGCGACCCUCGUAUACAAACUGGUUUAGUCGGCAAUUGGCGGUCGCAGUUGACUAAACAGGAAAGCGAUUUGAUUGACCAGAAAGUGGCCACUGAAUGGACGGGAACGGGAUUGGAGUUGCUGUGGAAACAGGAGAUGAAAUGGUACUAA